AUGGCCACGGCGGAACAAAUGGCGGCCUAUGCUGCGGCCCUCCGUCAAUACAAACCUGCCCAAGACAAGCCCGUAACGGAAGUCGCCAUUUUCAAACUCAAAGAGGCUCAAUCGGCCGCUACGCUAGAGUACUUUGAGCGGCAAAUCAUCCAAAACACAGCACCAGGCACGGGCAUUAUACGGCAAUCAUAUGGCUUUUCUCUAUCCGAUCCAUACACUCUCAUCUGGAUGCUAGACUGGGAAAAGAUACAGGACCACUGGGACUUUUGGCAGACGCCCGCUUUCGCGCCCGUGAUUGUGUGCAUCGACAAGAUCUUUGUUUCUGGACGACCACUGGUGCGACAUUAUGAGUUUCAGCCAUCAGGCAUGCUGCGACAUAGCGUACAAAAGGUUUUUGUGUGGAACGAUGAGUUGGAGGCUCCUAAAGCUGAAAGUCUGGUGGGAACGAAGAGCAACGCAUCAGACAGGAAAGUUGCAUAUGCUGUCGAUAUGCAGGAAACUAGUUGGAGAUGCGCUGUCUUUGGCUACGAGAACAAGGAGACCGCUCACAAGGAUGAGUUUGUCGAAUGGGAAGGGCUGGAAGCUCAUCUUGUUGAAUUAGCAUUUGUUGAGAAGCCGACUCAAACAAUGAAGGCUGGAUUCGAUAUGGCGAAACAUGGCAAACUCUAUCUACACUCUUUUAAGAGAACCUAG